CCCAAAAGAAAGAGAAGCAAGGCUCCGGCAGACCAGCAAGAUGCACGGCAAGUGGACCGACGAGGAGGACUUCGCCAUCGUGGCCCUACGCCUGGGGACAAACCUGAGCUGGGAGGGCAUCAAAGCCAAGUUCGACGCUGCCUUCCCUCCAGCCAACUGCAAGGACCUCGAGUCCCGUUGGAACAAGACGCUCAGCCGACGCUCAAGUGGCCGCUGCCCCAGCCUCGCAGCAUCCGGCUCGGCUACCCAGCUGUCUGCGCCCCCCCAGCAGCCACCCGCCCCUGAGCAACAGCAGCCAACCGACCCUGCUCAGGGCACUGGGGACUCGGGCCAGCAGCAUGGCAGCGGUCCGACCAGCACAACGACUCCCGACAGCCCGUUGUUCGUUCCACAGGAUGACAACAAUGUCGACGCCGCUGACAGUGCCAACAAUGACACCACCGCCGCCGCCGAUGCCUCUGCCGCCACUACCACCACCACCACCACCACCACCAACGAUGAGGCCGGCGCCAAUAGCACUGUCGCCGUCGACACGCAGAUGUAUUCGCAGUUCUUGCUGCAGCAGCGUGCCGAGCAGAGCCCGCCUGACCAGCCAAUGCUCGACAACAACGCUGCGCUUCCGCCGCCGCCGCCAUCGCCAACCCCCCAGCAGCAGCAGCAGCAGCAGCAGCAGCCUAAUUCAGACCUGGGCCCGGUCGUUGUUGACCCAAACAUCGACCCCCAGCUCUACGGAUACCAGUGA